CCUGGGCCAUCAGCUGUUUUACAUUUGUCAUCACCAAAAAGCCGCCGUACUCAUCAACACCCCCCUCCCUCAGGCAUUCCAUCUAUUACAUAUCACACAUACAUCUAUAUCUGUAUCUUACUCAGUAGCUGUAUAGAUAUAUAUUUUACUUGUUGUGCCAUACAUAUUUGGCGACCCGACCUGACGUCACUUACUCUGACUUCAAUUUAACCCAACAUUGUUUAAGCAAAGGGACCAAGCUCAUACAAUACACACCACCUACACACUGAACCCCAACAUGACUGAUGUCGCGACUCGUCCCAACCCUCCCCUGCGAAAUGACGAAGACGCCACCAUCAGCGAUGCAGUAACAAGACAGCAGCAACCUCUGCCAUCGUCAUCAUCAGCAUCAACAACAAACAUCGACAGCAGCAGCGCUAUUCACCAUGAAGAAGCCAUCGAGAUGGACGCUGCAGCGCCGUCAACUGCAUCCGCAGGCGAGUCGGACCUAGACGACGACGACGACAGUGCCGCCGACCAAGUUGAGGCCGUGAGCAUCACCGUAUCGCAUCGUGGCCAGAAGCUGCCCUUUGAGCUGGAGGCCGACAACACCGUCAUGGAUCUGUUCUGCGAGAUCGAAGCCGUCCUCGAGAUCCCCAUCCAGAACAUCAAAGUCAUGGUGCCCAAGGGGCCGUUCAUCAAAUACCCCUUCAAAGACCCCGAGUACUCGGUAAAAAACCUCGCCGGCAAGACAAUCUCUGUCAUGGGAUCGACCGCAAACGAUGUCCAGGCCGUGCAGACCAUGUGUCACAAGCUGCACAAGCUCAGGGCCGCCCGCGAUGCCCAGCGAUCAAAGGCCAAGGCAAAGACCACCCGCCGUCGCACAGCCGCAUCACCAGAGGACCUCAAAUACACCUUUAUGCAAGUGCGGCCGCUGAGCGGGUUGCCUCAUCCGGAGCGCAGCCUGAAGCUGCUGAUGCGACUCAAGGAGGAUCCGGGCAUCAAGGCGGCAAUGAAGAAGCACAAAUUCACUGUGGCGCUGUUGACGGAGAUGGAGCCGCUGGCACACACCGAGUCAACGCAUGAGGGCACGACACGCAUCUUGGGACUGAACCGCAACCAGGGCGAGGUGAUUGAGUUGCGUCUGAGGACUGAUGCGCACGACGGAUAUCGUGACUACAAGACAAUUCGCAAGACCUUAUGCCACGAGCUCACCCACAACGUUCAUGGGCCCCAUGACAGACAAUUCUGGGACCUCUGCCACCAGAUUGAGCGUGAGGUCGACGCAGCCGACUGGAAGUCCAGCGGCCGGACAAUCGGCGAAUCAUCGCGCUACCACAUCUCAGGCCAGGAUGAAGAGGAAGACGUACAUGAAGACGACGGCGGUUGGACAGGCGGCGAGUUUGUGCUGGGCGGCAGCAAGGUGAGCAGCGCGGGACUUAGCCGACGAGAGAUUCUGGCGCAGGCGGCGCUGGAGAGACAGCGAAAAGAAGUGGAGGAGGAGGCGACCGCUGUGGAGGCGGUGGAAAAGGGAUGGCGGCCGUGCCAGAGACCACAGCCACCGAACAAUGAUCGCAACUUGUGAAAAGGAGCGUGAAGAGACAAAGGCAUUUGCAUCAGUUGGCGUUAUAUAAUGGCAGGAGCACCAAUGUUUUUCUCGUUGUUUUAUUCGAUUCUUGUAUGUCUGUAUCUGCAGCUCCAUCACCGAUGGAAGGGAAGCAAUAUUUGGGUUAUUUUUGCGUGUCUAGAUAGGACGAAUUAUUUUUGUGAGUGUACUAGGUGAGAAAGAGAGAGAGAGAGAGAGAGAGAGAGAGAGAGAGAGGACAAGAUUCAAUCUCAUGUCAAUCUACACAACUAUUACUACUUUAAUCCUGCUCUGGUGAUUGAACUCUUUCCAUUUGUGCUUGUUCAAACUAGUUGUACAGAUAUUGCUAGUGAUGACAUUUCCAUCUUUCUUUCCACCUUUUUUUUU